AUGAGCUCAUUGAGAGGUUAUUUCUUUACAGAUUCUCUUGGCCUCCUAGAUGUCUCACUGCCUCAUGCUUACUUUCAUUUACUAGCAUCAUUUUUCCUAGUUUUGAUUGUCUAUUUCUACUAUAAUACAUCCAAAUGCAUUUAUCUCCUUGAUUUCUCAUGCUACCUACCACCUGAUAAUCUCCGAAUCACAACGGCUAAUUUCAUUGAACACUUUGAACGAUGCAAUGUUCAUGAGAGAGAAGGGAUUGAUUUUCAGACAAAAGCACUUCUGAGAUCAGGUAUUGGGAGUGAGGCCUGUGUUCCUCAAGCUCUGCAUCAAAUACCUCCAGAUACUUCUUUAAACCCGUCGAGAGAAGAAACAGAAACUGUUCUCUUCACCGUUGUUGAAGAUCUUCUGAGUAAACACAAAAUCACUCCCAAGAGCAUCGAUAUUCUUGUAUGCAACUGCAGUAUAUUCUGCCCAACACCUUCUAUCACAGCUAUGAUUAUAAACAAAUUUGGUUUCAGAACCAAUGUAAAGAGUGUCAACCUCAGUGGAAUGGGUUGCAGUUCAGGGCUGAUAGCUGUAAGUUUAGCUAAAGACCUGCUAAAAGUGCAUGGCAAUUCAUUAGCUUUGGUUCUUAGUAUUGAAACUGUAACCCCAAAUGGCUAUUGUGGGAAUGUGAAAUCCAUGCUCUUGACCAACACCUUGUUCCGGAUGGGAGGUGUAGCCAUUUUACUGUCCAACCAGAAGCGUGACAGACAAAGAGCCAAGUACAAACUCCAAUAUCUUCAGAGAACACACAUGGCUUCAGAUGAUCAAUCAUACAGGUCUGUUUUCCAAGAGAAUGACGAGCAUGGGCACCUUGGGGUAGCCCUUUCAAAGUCGCUAUUACAUGUGGCUGGAAAUGCUCUGAAGACAAACAUAUCAGAGUUAGGACCAUCUGUUCUUCCAUAUUCCGAACAACUUCAGUAUGUGUGGUCCAUCAUCCAUAAGAAAAUCUCUCGAGGUGGUAGGCAUCAAUUAUAUCUCCCUGAUUUCAAAAAGGCCUUUGAGCAUUUUUGCAUACAUGCUGGAGGGAGGGCAGUCAUCGAUGCCAUUGAGGAAAAGCUUGGUCUAAGCAAGGAAGAUGGAGAACCUUCCAGGAUGACUCUAUACAGGUUCGGCAACACUUCAUCUUCUUCAGUCUGGUAUGAGUUGUGCUAUUUGGAGGCUAAAGGUAAGGUAAGAAAGGGAGAUCGAAUUUGGCAAAUUGCUUUUGGCAGUGGCUUUAAAUGUAAUAGUGCAGUUUGGAAAUGCAUCUCAGAACUUAACCCAAAAGUAAGAAGUGCAUGGUCUGAUAGGAUUCAUAUGUACCCUGUGGAGAUUCCCAACAUUGCUGAUCAUUGA